UCACCGGCAGGAGUUUUCCACUGACGAAAAAGGCAGAGCUCCGGAGGAGAGGAGUCAGAGCAGGAGGAGCUGUCCCAGCACUCACUCCUCAUCCUCUCCACACACAGGACUAUGAGCUCCGCUCCGACUCCCCACAUCUGACACCCUCUAAUACCACCAACCAAGGUCUGUGAAAUCAUCAGCCAUGAGUGGAUUACUAAAGCGCAAGUAUGAGGCCCUGGAAGAGGAUUCCACAUCUUCCUCAUCAUCUCCAUCCUCAUCUGCCACCUCUUCAGGAGGAGAAUCUGAUGAUGAAUACAGCUACAGUCCAAGGCCGAUCAUUGAGGAUUAUACCCCCGUGUCCAUUUUAAAGAAAGCAAAACUUGCAAAGAAGAACAAAGUACAUUUUGACCGGGUGGUAGUGUUCUACUUCCAGAGAUGCCAAGGGUUUACGAGCGUGCCGAGUCGGGGUGGUUGCACCCUGGGUAUGCGGCGGAAACACACUUUUAGCCAGCAAUUCACUAUGGAGGAGUUUUCCAGGGAACAGUUGACCCGCCGCAGGGAGAAAUUAAAGGAGCGGUUAAAGGAGGAGAAGCUUUUGGCAUUAAAAAAUAUGUUUACAAUGAACGGUACAAUAGAAUCAGAAAAGGCCAAUAACCUCAGCAUAGAUGACAUCUGUGAUGAAGAUAUCGAUAUGACCAAUGCAGAAAUUGAAGAUGGUUUCAGCCCUCGCAUGUACCCUGCCAAGAAACGAAGGGCACUGCUCAAAAGCGAAGGAGUAAAAAAGAUUGACAAAACGGAAAAGUACGAGCUUAACGAAAUCCGGAAGUCACGAGAACAAUGCGGGUGCGAUUGCCAGGAUUUCUGUGAUCCAGAAACUUGCAGCUGUUAUUUGGCAGGAAUUAAAUGUCAGAGGGAUCAUUCGUCUUUCCCUUGUGGAUGUACAAAGGAUGGUUGUGGAAACCCAAACGGAAGAGUAGAGUUCAAUUCGUCCCGUGUGCAGACCCAUUUUAUCCAUACGGUUAUGAAGCUCGAGCUUGAGGAGAAGAAUCAAAAUAAUGAAAUCCACGAUGAGCCUGAUGUAACCUGCAGUGAACAUUUAGAUUCAUUUGAAUGCUCAUCACUUGAGGACAGUGAUGAAGAAGAUGACAACAGGACUGUUCCCACCACCACAUCCACCAGUUCCUCCACCUCUAAUUCCCCAGCCUCAUCCCCUUAUCAUUUCAAUGUGGACUUGGAACCAGCAAAUGAUAACAGCUGUAGUAGUGUCACCACAGACAGUUCAAGUUCCUCUUCUCAGAGUGAAGUCUCUGAAGGUCCCUAUGAACUUGCCUCUUCAUCUGAUAAAUCCCAGUCAGACUUUGAGGAAGAUUAUCUUGCUAGGAUUCUUCAUUUCAGUGAUUCAGAGUACGAGGAAAACAGCAGUGACUGCCAGGACAACUUAAGUUUCUUUCAUAGCACAGAUUUUUUCUGUGACAAAGUUUACGAGUCCCUUUAUAGUUCAGAAAAAUCCACCAGUGGGGUGUACUCAAAUUCUUUAUCGAACGUUAGAAAAUGUGUAGACGAAAACGCAAACCAGGGCGCAGAUUGCUUUUCAGACAAUGGAGUGUCUGUGGGCGUCUCUACUGAUUCUACUGUGACACAAGGAGAGCCACUCUUAAAAAACUAUAUGGAUAUCAGCCUUUCAUCUGAAACUUUUGACUUGCCUGAUGAAUCAGAUUACAAUUUUGGACCUCUUUACAAUUCGUUAAGCGAAUAUGAUAAUUUGUGUUCUCAGCCGUGUCUAUUAACUUUCCUUCCUGGAUUUCCACCAGCGACAGACACAACUGCAAGCUUCUUAGAAUCCUUGAUUAGCUCCUCUGAAUCCUCUGGUGACAAUCAAUAUUUAGAAGAUGCCUUAAAAUCGCCAUCUCCUUUUGAAUCGCUUAUAGUGUAAACGGAUUACUGUAUCCCAUCUGUGGCAUAUUGCAGAAACAUUACUAUGAUGAAAAAUUUGGAAUGUUUCUACACGGAUACAUAUAUUUUUGGUCUUUAUAUGGGAAAAUACACAUUUUUGGAAUACUGCCACAGCAACCUGUUUACUACACAUCGAUUUUUGAACAAUUUUUUUUUUUCUUAGAAGUUGCUUGUAUAUAAAACUGAAGAAUUGUGAAUUGUUUGUAGACCUGUGAACAACUAUUUUAUGGAUAGGAGUGCAAAAACUCCCAAAUGUUCAAUGCUUUUAAGAUGAACUUUAUUCAUGUAUUUAUUGUAAAAUUGAGAAAUAUUUGCAGAAGUAGUGUGCACUACUCGGGUUUACAGAAAACAAGGAAAAAUGGCAAAAAAAAAAAAGACAAGACUUUAUAUAGAGCUGUUUUUAUUUAUUGCAAAUUCCAGGAAUGAGUCUGAAGCUUGAACUAGCAAGAGUUUUAUUUAAAUUGGAAAUACCUCAGAUGUAUUAUGAGUACAAUCAUAUUUUUCCAUAAUAUAUCUGCAUUAUUUAUAGACUAAUAUUUUCUGAUUUCUGUACUAUAAGGCAAGUGUUCAGUUCCCCCCACAACCUCAGUUCUGCAUUGUUAACGUGCAAUAUCGCUGCAGCAGCCAUUUAUUAAGGCAUGUCCACUAAAAGCAGUUUGGUAAAGAGAGGUGACUGAUUUGCAAAUGACACCUCAAUUAUCAUGUUCAUGGUCCAGGCCACUUCUGUGAUGCACAAGUCCUUGCCUUUAGCUGUAUUUUUUGGAGUGGUUUCAUUGAGGUUUAUCAGCCUCUAUCAAACGCCACGAAGGAGGAAGGCUUGGGACUAGAGUGCAUAGAAGUUGUCCAUACAAGGACUUUUUAUGUGUCGGAAUGUAUAGUUUUUAUAUACCCUGCACUCACCUUCCAGUACUCCCUUGAUCAAUUCCACUAUGUGGAGGAGUUACCAUUAACAAAAAAAAAAAAAAUGCCACUGAUAACAUCAAGCACAAGGAUUUAGUGGGAGGUUCCAACAUUUUUUAUGUUCAAAAAUAUCUUGAUGGAUUUCAAAUUUGCCCCCUACCAGUAUUGAGUUCCACUUACAAGCCAUAUAUUUUUGUUUUUUCUAUAUUUGAUUUCAGAUUAUUUAAUCUUACCAUAAAUUAUUCCUAUUUAUUUGAAGCUUCUAGGAUAAGACCAUACAAAUCUAUGCAGUUGGUUGGAUGUUCAUGCCAAGAAAUCCACCAGCUUGGCAAAGUCCCUGCAAUAGUAAUAUAAAUACAGAGCCAGAAUAGGGGGGAAAAAAUGUCAGUUGCCAUGAUCUUUAGGUGGAUUCAUUUUAUAUUCCACAGUAAUAUAUAUGACCCAGGCUAUUUAUAUAUAUUAUUUCUUUAAAAUAAAUAUAGGUUAUGUAUUAUGUAAAACAAAAUUAUUUAUUUUGGUCAUUUAAAUACAUUGUCAAAUGGAUUUUUGUGUUUCUACAAUCCACUUGUAUUUAAAUGAAAUAUUACAAUAUUUAAGCUUUAAAAUUGAAAUGCAGAUAUUUAAGUGAGAGUGUUAAUUAAAAUGAACAUUUAUGGGAUGAUUAAGUAAUAUAAGUAUGUUUUAUAUAUUUUUAAAUUAUAAAACAUGUUUCAAUAGGGCCAGAGACCAAGAACCCUGUAACUUUACUUUUGUAUUUCUUUUUUUGACUAUACUCUAAGGUUAUCUAGUGCUGUGAAAACUACCACCGGGACUUUACAAAACCAUCCUAAUACUAUGACCGUCCAGCUCGCUUUAGUUACCAGUCUGUAGACUAUUAAAUCUUGUUUGUUUUUUUAUUUAUUUUUUAUUAUAUAUACCUAAUUGGCUACUGUGAACAAUGUCUGUCUUGUUUAGCAGGGCAAUAUGGGAAGAUAACCAAAUUGAAGUGCAACUAUGUUCAUGUUUUAAUUCUGACUUUUUUUUUUUUU